AUGCGAUUUUUGGGAUAUCGUUCAAUUGGCAAUAUGACACGCUUAUUUACCAGCAGAGCGGCAUACACACAAGUAACAGCUACAGCUCCAGAACUAGAUCAAAAGUGGGACUUGUACGCCGGUGUUCUCGUCGAGCGGCUACCCAUCGUUACGAAAACAUUGACUCCUAUAGAGGCUAAAUUUAAGGAAAUGUUAAGCCAAGUGGAGUUGGAAAAAAGCCUCAAAUCUAACCAUGAGUUACGCAAAGAAAACGAGAAACGGCAGCUAGAGCUCUUAAAAGCGGGUAAAAUUGAUCUCGACUCAGAAGCAUUGAAACAAACCGCACAAGAUCUAGAGGAUGCGUACAACGAAGAGUUUGGUCGUUUCAACCCGGCUUCACGUGUUACAGAGGCGGACACAAAGAACGACGUGCAAUCGUUAGAUCGUAAAUUGGAGCAAACACUUAUUCUAUUGGUGGAACAAAAAUUAGGUAUGAAGAGCCACUACUUACUGCCUCAGGGACUGCACAAAACAGGGGAAUCGUUGCGGCAGACAGCUGAACGAAUAUUAAAGGAACAUUGUGGUGACUCCCUCGAGGUUUUAUUCUACGGCAAUACACCGGUUGGAUUUUAUAAGUAUAAAUACCCCUCAAAUGAGCGUAGUGAUACGGUAGGGGCCAAAGUGUUCUUUUUUCGUAGCGUAGUAAAGAAAACUAGCAAUUUGAAAAACACUAAGAUGAAGUUCAAGUGGUUAUGUCAAGAAGAACUUCAUAAUCAACUACAGCCAUCGUACUACCAAAGUGUUUCUCAAAUAUUGUUCUAAAUGUUGCGAUUUUGUUAUAUCUCAACAGUAAGCAUAAGCUAUGGGUAGGAAGUUGCGGAACAAGCUUGUUUAUUUUAUUCUAAAAUAGACGCAUAGAAUUAUGCUAGAAUUGAA